AUGGCAGCAAACUUCACUGUUUUCAGUAUUCUUGCAGCUCUCCUUCUUCAGUCGCAUUUCCUGAUCGUAUCUCCCUGCAUGUCUUGCAUCAGUCCAUGGACAAGUUUUGGGAAUCAUUGCUACCUUCUUGUGACGGAUGAGAAGACUUUCGAUGAAGCUGAACAGUACUGUCAGAGUUUGUCACGCCUUGGCAGACCAUCUCAUCUGGCAUCCAUUGUGAGCCAAGAGGAACAUGACUUCCUCCUACUGCUUAUCAAAUCCGUUUACGGAGAAAGUGGCAUGAAAACUUGGUUCGGCUACCGCAAGGACACAUCGAGUGGCUCUCCAACUUGGCGCUUUCUUGAUGACAGCCCUUCACAGGGCUACACCAACUGGUUAAACGGAGGCCCCAGCGGUGAUGGAGAAUGUAUGGAGAUCCUGGAUAUCCCCUCUAACUUCUUGUGGAAUGACGUGGUUUGUGGCUCAUCCCGGGCAUCCGUCUGUAAAAUACCAGCCAGGUACUAA